GGAGGAGGCCGCGGCGGCGCCAUGGAUAAUCUAAGCGAUGCCUUGAAAAAGCUGAAGAUAACAGCCACCGACAGCACGGCAGAUAGUCUGGAGGGAUGCUUGGACUGUCUGCUUCAGGCUYUGGCACAAAACAAUACGGAGACAAGUGAAAAAAUCCAGAAAAGUGGAGUUCUUCAGGUGUUCGCGAGUCUGUUGACGCCACAGUCAUCCUGCACUGCAAAAGUAGCUAACAUCAUAGCAGAAGUAGCCAGAAAUGAAUUCAUGCGGACCCCAUGCGUGGACGCCGGGCUCAUCCCUCCUCUGGUGCAGCUCCUMAACUGCAAAGACCAGGAAGUUUUGCUGCAGACGGGACGUGCCCUGGGCAACAUAUGCUAUGACAGCCAUGAGGGCAGGAACGCAGUUGACCGUGCAGGUGGUGCACGUAUUGUAGUAGACCACAUAAGGUCACUGUGCAGUAAAACAGAUCCAGCCAGUGAGAAGCUCUUGACUGUCUUUUGUGGCAUGCUGAUGAACUAUAGCAAUGAGAAUGAUACUCUGCAGUCUCAGCUUAUCAAUAUGGGGGUUAUCCCUACGCUAGUGAAACUGUUGGGUAUUCACUGCCAAAACGCAGCUCUGACUGAGAUGUGCCUUGUUGCUUUCGGCAACUUAGCAGAACUCGAGUCCAGUAAAGAGCAGUUUGCCUACACAAACAUUGCGGAAGAGCUGGUUAGACUCUUCAAGAAGCAAAUAGAACACGAUAAGAAAGAGAUGAUUUUUGAAGUUUUGGCUCCCCUGGCAGAAAACGACGUGAUUAAACUGCAGCUGGUGGAAGCGGGCUUGGUGGAGUGUUUACUUGAGAUUGUCCAGAAGACCGUGGACAGCGACAAAGAGGAUGACAUCGCAGAGCUCAAAACAGCUUCUGAUCUCAUGGUUUUGUUAUUGCUUGGAGAUGAAUCCAUGCAAAAGUUAUUUGAAGGAGGAAAAGGCAGCGUGUUCCAGAGGGUACUGUCCUGGAUCCCCUCCAACAGCCAUCAGCUGCAGCUGGCAGGAGCACUGGCUAUUGCAAAUUUUGCCAGGAAUGACGGAAACUGCAUCCACAUGGUGGACCACGGCAUAGUGCAGAGGCUGAUGGAGCUGCUGGACAGACACGUGGAGGACGGCAACGUGACGGUGCAGCACGCGGCGCUGAGCGCGCUCAGGAACCUCGCCAUCCCAGUUGUAAAUAAGGCUAAGAUGCUGUCAGCUGGCGUUGCGGAAGCAGUAUUGAAAUUUCUCAGAUCCGAGAUGCCCCCUGUUCAAUUCAAGCUGCUGGGAACAUUACGAAUGUUAAUAGAUGCACAAGCAGAGGCAGCCGAGCAGCUGGGCCAGAACGUCAAGCUGGUGGAGCGGCUGGUGGAGUGGUGCGAAGCCAAGGACCACGCGGGCGUCAUGGGCGAGUCCAACAGGCUGCUCUCCGCGCUCAUACGACACAGUAAAUCUAAAGACGUCAUCAGGACCAUCGUGCGGAGCGGGGGCGUCAAGCACCUCGUCAGCAUGGCGACCAGCGAGCACGUCAUCAUGCAGAACGAGGCGCUCGUGGCGCUGGCGCUCAUCGCCGCGCUGGAGCUAGCCACUGCUGAAAAGGAUCUUGAAAAUGCUCAGCUUGUUCAGAUUCUCCACAGACUGCUCUCAGACGACAGGAGCGCACCAGAAAUAAAGUACAACUCCAUGGUCCUGAUCUGUGCCCUUAUAGGAUCUGAGCCUCUUCAGAAGGAAGUGCAGAGCCUGGCGUUCCUAGACGUGGUAUCGAAACUCCGCAACCACGAGAACAAAACUGUGGCCCAGCAGGCCUCGCUAACAGAGCAGAGACUUGCUGUGGAAAGCUGAGGAAGGUCUCCCGUGUUCCCAGCAUCCCAUCACAGAGCUCACCUUCGUCCUCCGUCCUGCUGCCGCUCCUGCUGUGUUUUCCACUGUAUCACUCGUGCAUGCGUGUAAUGUCCCCACACCAGUUGAUGAACUGCUGUAGGUACCUGUCCAAAAAACAAAAAAAGAUUUCUAAAACUCCAUAGGUGGUGUUCACAUGAACCUGUCAGGAACAAGUCUCUUCCACCCAUAACUGUUCUACUCGUAUUCUUGUUGCUUGGGCCACAUAGUAGAAUGUGCAUGUUGUAGUCCGAUGAUGAUGUAAAGUGGUACUACACAAUAACUCUCUCCUCACACCCCAACUGCAUAACAAUGUGCUACUAAAUUAGGGAUAAUACAAGAGGCAGCAAGUCCAGGCUAGAGGGCUGGCUAUAGGAUUAAGAGGUAAAUCUAGCUCCAUUUUUGGUGCUUUGGAGAUGCAGGUGUGAAUGCAAUGUACUGCUG